AUGGCGAGCAAGCGAGGAGGACCCACCCUGGGCUUCAAGCUUGUUUUACUCGGAGAAUCAGCCGUUGGCAAGUCGAGUCUCGUGUUGCGUUUUGUGAAGGAUCAGUUCGACGACUACAGGGAGAGCACGAUCGGAGCGGCCUUCCUUACGCAGACUGUCAGCUUGGACGACAGCACGACAGUCAAGUUUGAGAUCUGGGACACGGCUGGGCAGGAGCGAUACAAGUCGCUGGCUCCGAUGUACUACCGCAAUGCGAACUGCGCUGUUGUUGUUUAUGACAUCACCCAGCCUUCGUCGCUGGAAAAGGCCAAGUCAUGGAUCCGGGAGCUGCAGCGCCAAGCAGACCCCAACAUCAUCAUUGCCCUCGCCGGCAACAAGGCCGAUCUGGCGAGCACACGCCGGGCCAUCCCCACUGAGGAGGCGCAGGCCUAUGCCGAUGAGGAGGGCCUGCUUUUCCUCGAGACAUCGGCAAAGGACGCCAGCAACGUCUCGGAGCUCUUUACCAUGAUUGCGCGCAAGCUGCCGCUGGAGCAGGCAGCAGGCGCCCAGCGCGCGGGAGGCGCAAGGGGCGGCAGCAACCUGCUCGCUUCCAGUGGACAAAGACCCGGUGGCGGCGUGGACCUUGGAAAGGGCCAGUCGGGCCAGGAUGCGUGCAACUGUUGA